AUGGGAACUGCACGAGCGCGCGCUGCUUGGGCUGCUGUCUCGGCUGAUGUUGCAGCAGCAGCAGCAGCGAUUCCCAUACCACAAGCAGCAGCACCGCUAACACCAGCAGCAGCAGCUGCAGCGCCCGCACCAUCAUCACCCACAGCAGCAGCAGCAGCAGCAGCAGCAACAGCAGCAGCAGAGCGACCUGUAGAGCGGCUUGGCCUGGAUGAUUUCUUUACGGAUAUCUCUUCAGCAGCGCGGAAGGUCUGCGGCGCCUUGCUGCAGGUGCUGCUGCUUGCUGCACAUGCACAGGGGGCCUCACGUCUGAACUCCUCCUGCUGCUGCACCAUUCGGCUUGCUGUUGCUGCACCGCAGCAGCAGCCCGCCUCCUCAGCAGUCCUGCUGCAGCCUGAAGCGCUGCGCUGCUGCCGCUGCUCCUGCUCCUGCUGCAGCAACGCCGCCAGCAACAGCAGCAGCAGCAACAGCACAAGUGGCAGCGACAGCAUCAGCAAGCUGCAGCACUGCACACUCUACGCGAAAGCAACGGCUCCACAGCCAUCCGUUCCUGCUGCUGCUGAUGCUGCUGCUGCUGUUGCUGCUGCCGCAGCUGGGGUCCCCGCGGCAGCAGCUGCAGAGGCCCUGACGCACGACUGCUGCUGCUGCUGGGAGCUCCUUUGCCCUGCAUUUGUUUAUGAUGGGGAGGAGGAGACAGAAGGGGACUCCGACAGCAGAGACAGGGACAAGAACAGCAGCAGCAGCAGUAGUAGCAACAGCAGCACUAGCAGCAGCAGCAGCAGCCGUGACAGGCUGCUGCAGCAGCCGAUUCUUAUAGAGCCUUUAGUUGCCUCUCUUAGAGAGAGACGCAUCCUACAGGAACUGCCCAACUCAAUUGCAGCUGUCUCCUUGGGGGCCCCACAGCAGCUGCAACAACUGCAGCAGCAGCAGCAACAACAGCAGCAACAGGGGCAGCAACCUCAGCAGCAGCGACAAGAGCAGCAGUUAUGGGAGCAGCAGCAACAGGAGCAGCAGCAGCGGCUGCAGCAGCAGGGGCAGCUGGUAAAGCCGCAAGGGGAGCGACAGCAGAAGCAGCAAGAGGAGCGGCUUCGAGGUGCAGUUGCUGAGCGACAGCAGCUGUCUGCAGCAACUGCAGCAACCCCACAAGCACCAUCAGCAGGAGCAGCAGGAGCAGCAGCAGCACAUGGGGUUUGCAGAGGCAAAGCAACAGCCAAGAGACUGCUCGAAGGGAAGGUGAAGACAUGCAGCGAGCUGCUGGCUUUAACACCAGAGGCCCUCGCCCGUUUGCUGUCUCCUGCUGUCUCCUCCAGCCCUUCGGGGACCCCCACGCAGCAAAACCAAAAGCAACAGCAGCAGCAGCAGCAGCAGCAGCAGCAGCAGCUUGUGCUACACGCGCAGCAGCAGCCUGAGCAGCAGCAGCAGCAGCAGGAGCAGCAGGAGCAGGUGGAGCAGAAGUGGCUGCCUUGGGGUGUAUGUCCAGUGUCUCGCAGCGCUGCAGCACAUGCCUCGCGUUUGCGUUUGCUGUGCACGGGCGAUGAAAAGGAGACAGUUGAGAACAGCCGUUUGUACACAGACAGCAUAUCAGCCGAAGACUCUUACAGCAACUGCUGCAUCUCUUCUUGGGCUCGGGUUAGGGAUGAGAUAGUCAAACUGCUGAGGAGACUGCUGCAGAGACACACAGAGACACUGCACUUAUCUGCACUCGUGGCCUCCAACCUCAAGGUCUCCGUCGCGUUUAAGGGCUCCUUCCGGCGGACGAGCCGCUCCUUUACGUUGCCUGGGCCUGUGCGGUCUCUGUUGGUAGGGAGCAGUUUAUCUCCCUCUGUAAAACUUCAUUCAAAUGCUUCGUCUGCUGCUCCCCUGCAGCGCCCUGAGCAAGCGUGCGGAGGGGCAGCAGCAGCAGCAGCAACAGCAGCAGCAGCAGCAGCAAAAACAACAGCAGCAGCAGCAAGAACAGGAACAGGAGCAGGAGCAGGAGUUGCAGGAGACCCUCUGCUGUUUGCGCUCUCCGAGGUGUCUCUACACCUCUUUAAGCAGGUAGUAGGCUCCUGUACUGAGUCUGCGCUGCCCCUUAUUCAAAUUAUUAGCCUCACCUUCAGCGGGUUCACGCCCCACAGCAACGUGCAGACAACUACAGGGGCAAUGGACGCCUUCCUCAGCCGCCAAAAGACAGAGCAGCAGCAGCAGCAGAAGCAGCAGCAGCAGCAGCAGCAGCAGCAGGUUCUGCAGCGGGAGGGACGCGCAGAGGAAGGCAGGGCUGAUAGGAGACAGGUGGUGGAGGUUGAGGAGACAGAGACAACACCGGCUCGGGUCUCCUCCUCCCCAAGUGUCUCUUCACACCGUUUGAGCAGCAGAAACAGCAGCAACAGUAGCAGCAGCAGUAUUAGCGGCAGUAGUAGCAGCAGCAGCAGCAUGAGCAGCAGCAGCGCAAGAGCGUCUAGUCGUGAGGCAGAGGCUUUAGGGGCAUUUGCUUCUGCUGAAGUUAUUAGUGUUUGCUCAGGAGACUCCUCAGAGGAGUCUCCGUCGCGAGAAGUUUUAUAUAGUUCACCUAAAGGGCCCCCAAGCACAAAGUGUACGUACACUGCAAGGCCUCUGCAGCAGCAGACAAAAGGAGAAGCAGAUAUUCAGAGGGGUUCAUUAACUGAUGCUGCAAGACAGUGUAUAACAAUAGAAGAGACAGAGGAGACACCUGUCUCCUCAGAAGAGGAGACGCCUCUGGUCAUAGGGCCAAGACGCGCAGCAGCAGCAGCAAAUACAGCAGAGUUUAUAAAGAAGCGUACAACACAGAGUGCUUCUGCUGCAGUCUCUCCUAAAGCAAACAAAUGUCAGAAAAGAAGACGCAAGGGAGGCAGCAAAGAGGGAGGCAUAGGGGGGAGACAGAAACAAAGACAGAGACACUUCUCGGGUGUAUCUGCACCUGCUGUUGUCUUAACGAACUUCUUUCCUAUUCAACAAACGAAGAGACGCUCGAGCCAAUCUAAUUGA